AUGGGCUUCAUCCAAGACAACUUUCGCCUGAUUUACGUCGGCGUGGCAGCCGCCAUAUACUUGAGACCGGAAUAUGUCAUCUUCAACUCGAAAUUCUUAACAAUUAUUGUUUAUUUUACUAUUCUUACGCUCUCAAAGCUUGUUUAUCAAUUUACCCUUUACCCUGCAUUUUUCACCCCCAUCAAACACAUCCAAACACCUGGACGCCGAAAUUGGCUUCGGGGCAAUACCAAUUCAGUCUUCCUCGAAACACCACACGAGUUGCUGAAGCAAUGGGUUAAAGAACUGCCCAACCAGGGCUUGAUUCGAUAUUAUAUUGUCAUGAACAUGGAAAGAGUCAUCUUGACUAGCCCUAAAGCUUUAAGCGAGUUGUUAGUCACCAAGAACUAUGAUUUCGAGAAGCCCAAGACUGUGCGACAGAGCUUGCGCCGUGUAGUUGGAGACGGCGUCCUACUGACCGAGGGAGAUGAGCAUAAAUUGCAACGCAAGAACCUAAUGCCAGCCUUUGCCUAUCGCCACAUCAAGAAUCUAUACCCAGUCUUCUGGGCCAAAAGCAUGGAAAUGGUCGAACUAAUUCAACAAGAUCUGGAAAGCAGAGACUCCCCCGACGACAACAUUAUUCAAGUCCGAACCUGGGCAAGCAGAGCCACCCUCGACAUCAUCGGUGUGGCUGGCAUGGACCAUGACUUUGAUUCUCUGCGUGAUCCUUUCAAUAAGCUGAACAAAUCAUACCAGAGAAUCUUCUCGCCACCAUCAAUUGCAACCAAAAUUCUAUUUAUUGUCGCAAUCCUGAUGGGCACUCUAACCUUCAUUCAAAAAUUGCCCACUCAGCGCAACAAAGACAUCGACGAAGGUGGUGCGGUGAUCCGCAAUGUCGCGCGACAGAUGAUCCAACAGAAGAAAGAAAAGAUGAAAGAUCCAAAAUCCGAGACCGGUGUCGAUAUCAUCUCAGUUGCAAUGGCCAACGGCACCUUUGACGACGAAAACCUAGUCGAUCAACUGAUGACCUUCCUAGGCGCAGGCCACGAAACAACCGCCACUGCCUUGCAGUGGGCUGUCUACGCGCUGUGCAAGAAUCCAGACGUGCAGACCCGUCUACGUGAAGAGAUCCGCGCCAAUCUCCCCCCACUCUCCUCCUCCGAUGCAAAGUCUCUGGACGCCGCCCAGAUUGAUAAUCUGCCUUACCUGAACGCAGUCUCCAACGAGGUUCUCCGUUUCCACCCCUCGGUUCCAAACACCGUCCGUGUAUCCGCGAAAGACACUACGCUUUUGGGUCAACCAAUCCCCAAGGGCACGUUCUUUCUUAUUUCUCCUGAGGUGGUAAACCACAUGGAGGAAUUUUGGGGCCCGGAUGCCGACAAGUUCAAUCCGGAUCGCUUUAUGGGCGAAGGCAAGGCUAAUAACGGCGGCGCGACCAGUAACUAUGCCUUCCUUACCUUUAUUCAUGGCCCACGCAGCUGUAUCGGACAGGGAUUCGCCAAGGCGGAACUCGCUUGUUUGCUUGCGGCGAUGGUUGGUCGCUUCCAGUUUGAGCUGAAGGAUCCUGAUGCCAAACUGGAGCUGAUGGAGGGUGCCACCGUGUCGCCAAAGGACGGGGUUAUCGCCAAGUUUACUCCACUGGAGGGCUGGUGA